AUGCUUCAAGACAGUGUCCGCCAGUUGAAGACGCCUGUCCCGCCCAUGCUCGAGGUCGUCGCCUUGGAGAGCUUUUUCCCUCCUCCUACACCUUCUUUGGAAGAAUCUCGCAGUGGCAAGCGCUAUCUGAUUGAGCGGCUGUUGAACCACCGCGAUGUGAACGGACGUCGGACGAGUUACCUCGUCCGGUGGCGCGGUUAA